GAUACUUAAUAAAUUCCCUAUAUAUAAGAAGCCAUUUUAACUGUAUUUCGACACUUAUUAUCCUCUAGCUUUCGAGCCAUCUCUUAGCUAGAAUUAUCAGAAAUGGCAAGAGUAGUAGAAGAGAGCAUUGGUGUGGAUAACAGAGAGCAGGACUACACACAAGAUGGAACUGUGGAUCUUAAAGGUAGGCCUGUCCUGAGAUCGAAAACCGGAAGAUGGAGAGCUACUUCCUUCAUUGUUGGCUAUGAAAUAUUCGAGAGGAUGGCGUAUUAUGGAAUAGCGACAAACCUCGUGUUGUAUCUGACAAGGGAGCUUCAUGAAGGAACUGUGGCUUCUUCCAACAAUGUCACCAACUGGGUUGGUACUGUCUGGAUGACUCCCCUCAUAGGUGCCUACAUUGCUGAUGCUCAUCUUGGUCGAUACUGGACUUUUAUCAUCGCGUCAGGGAUCUAUCUUGUGGGAAUGUGCUUACUCACUCUGGUGGUUUCACUACCAUCUCUCCGACCACCAACGUGUGGCCACGGUGUGAAAGAGGUGGACUGCCUUAAACGAGCCUCGCCUUUCCAGGUGGGAAUUUUCUACACUGCAUUAUACAUAAUCGCUGUAGGCACAGGGGGGACAAAGCCUAACAUCUCAACCAUGGGAGCAGAGCAGUUUGAUGACUUUGAGCCUAACGAAAGAAAGCACAGGCUCUCAUUCUUUAACUGGUGGAUGUUCAGCAUCUUCUUUGGCACUUUGUUUUCCAACACUUUCUUAGUCUACAUCCAGGACAACGUCGGCUGGGCACUUGGCUAUGGCCUCCCUACAGUCGGACUCUUCUUGUCAGUAAUCAUGUUUAUAGUCGGGACUCGUUAUUACAGACACAGAACCCCGACUGGAAGCCCUCUGACGAAGAUUGCUAGAGUCCUUGUGGCCUCUGCAAGGAAGUGGAACGUUGUCAUCCCGAAUGACCCUAAGGAACUUCAUGAGUUGAAUUUCGAUGAGUAUUCUAAACCUGGCAAACAGAGGAUCGACCACACUGCAUCAUUAAGGGUUCUAGACAAAGCGGCAGUGGCAAAUGGUCUGAGCACCCCAUGGAUGCUCUGCCCAGUGACACACGUCGAAGAAACAAAGCAAAUGGUGAAAAUGGUUCCGAUUUUACUGGCAACAAUCAUACCUAGCACCAUGCUGGCUCAAGCCGGGACAUUCUUCAUCAAACAAGGUGCCACACUUGUUAGGAGCAUGGGACCUCAUUUCGAAAUCCCCCCAGCAUGUCUGACAGCAUUCAUCACGAUCUUCAUGCUGAUCACCAUCGUAGUCUAUGACCGCGUUUUUGUACCAGUGGUUCGACGUUACACAAAGAAUCCCAGGGGCAUCACAAUGCUGCAAAGAAUGGGAACAGGCCUGGUGCUGCAUAUCAUUGUCAUGAUAACUGCUGCCAUAUGUGAAAGAAAGCGACUGCAAGUCGCCAAAGAAAAUGGCAUCACGGAGAAGAAUCAGAUUGUUCCAUUAAGUAUUUUCAUUCUACUCCCUCAAUUUGCACUGAUGGGGGUGGCUGAUAACUUUCUGGAAGUGGCAAAGCUCGAGCUCUUCUAUGACCAAGCACCAGAAAGCAUGAAGAGCCUGGGAACGGCCUAUUUCUCGACGAGCAUAGGACUCGGAUUUUUCCUUAGCAGUGGCAUACUCUCAACUGUGGCUAGUGUCACCAAGAGGAAUGGCCGUGAGGGCUGGAUUCUAAACAACCUCAACAAGUCUCGUUUAGACAAUUACUACAUCUUUUUCGCGGUACUUAGCUUCAUAAACUUCCUUUUCUUCCUCGUCGUUGCAAAGUAUUUUGUGUACAACAAAGAGACGAGUGAAUAUUCCAGUACGGAGCUGGAAAAGGUCGUCGAUAGCUCUUAGAAUUCAGACAUGUAAGGAAAUGUAAGAUUGUCAGCUAUGGAAGAACACAAGCUUCUGUAAAGUGUUAACACAAUUUCUAUAUAAAAUGCAGUUUGUGUUUCUGUUUCA